CUGAAACGCGCAUGCGCACAAUAGCGGGAACCCUGCCAGCUCAGCUGACAACAGCAGCUCCUCGGCCAGAUGAUGAUGGCAGACUCUGGAAGUAACGAAGAAGUCGCUGUGAUCGUUAACACCGACAUCACUUCAACAGAAUCCGAGAACAACCUGAUAAACACGAUGGUGGAAAGAGGGACAGAUCUGUUGAGAAAAAUGGAGAUAAAUGUGGCGGAGGCAGAGAAAAGAACAGGAAAGAAUACGGUUAACAUGCAGGAAACAUAUACAGUCUACCUCAUAGAAAUACGGCCAGCUGAUACUGUUCCAGAGGGGGGUACGCCUGCAGCACCUGACACUUUGUGGAGACGCUACAGUGAUUUUGAGUUGCUCAGAACAUACCUCCUUGUCACCUAUCCCUACAUCAUCAUCCCUCCACUACCUGAGAAAAGGGCAGAGUUUGUGUGGCACAAGCUAGCAGCUGACAACCUCGACCCAGACUUCGUUGAGCGACGAAGAGUUGGCCUGGAAAACUUCCUGCUGCGUGUUGCAUCGCAUCCGGUCCUUUCCAAUGACAAAAUCUUCUUCCUCUUUCUGACUGAGGAGAAAGGAUGGAGGGAGGCAGUUUUGGAGACAGGCUUCCAAGACAAGGUUGACUCCAGACUAAAGUCUCUGAGUGCCAUGUUAAGAGUCAAGAACCCUGACAAGCGCUUCACAGCACUGAAACAUUACAGUGAUGAACUGAACACUGUCAUCUCUCAGUUACUGCGGGUGCGCGUGAAAGUAGCAGACAGGCUGUAUGGAGUUUACAAGGUCCACGGUAACUACGGCAGAGUCUUUAGUGAGUGGAGUGCUAUUGAAAAAGAGAUGGGAGACGGACUACAGAGUGCUGGCCACCACAUGGACACGUAUGCUGCAUCAAUAGAUGACAUUCUGGAGGAAGAAGAACACUAUGCCGACCAACUGAAAGAAUACCUUUUCUACACUGACGCUGUCAGGUCAGUGUGUAGGAAACAUGAGUUGAUCCAGUAUGAACUGGAGAUGAUAGCUCAGGACCUCGUCUAUAAGAAACAACAGAAAGAAGAGCUGGCUACUGGGACCGUACGGAUCUUUUCUCUGAAGGGGAUGACUAGUAAACUAUUCGGCCAAGAGAGCCAGGAGCAAAGGGAGAGCAGGCUGGCGGCCCUGGAGCAGAGUAUCCAGGAGGGAGAGGAAUCGCUCAAAGAGAAAAACACAGAGUGCCACAAGUUUGUGCAAACAGCCUGGGAAGACAUUGAACGUUUUAAGGAGCAGAAGGACAAAGAUUUGCGUGAAGCACUAAUCAGCUAUGCCAUCAUGCAGAUCAGCAUGUGUAAGAAGGGAAUCCAGGUGUGGUCCAACGCCAAGGAGUGUUUCAACAAAAUCUGACAGCAUGUCCAAGAGGAGAGUCCCGCAUUAAUUAUGCACGAUAGUUGCACAUUGGGAAUGGCUGUGCAGUGUAUUUCGGUUGUUGCACUUCUGUCUGUCACCCUG